AAAUGAAAUAGAUGGUUAGAUUGAUCGAUCUACAGUCUACUAGUCUACACUGACUGUAACUGAACUGAGGUUGAGCCUGCAAAAAAGACACAAAAUGGCAAGCAACAGUCAAUUGGGAAGAUUAUCCACAAAGGUUGCAGACAAAAUUCGUCGUGAUGAACGUGUGAGUGUUGUAGAACGGACAAAUUUGAGAUAUCUUCCUGGACUUCCACGAAAAGUUGACUUGGUGACAUUGGACCGUUCAUUCAUUUCUAUACUUUUGGUCAUGCCUGCUGUGGUCAAUGUAAUGAAGGAAAGAAGCUACAUUGGUUGCUCUGAUUAAACCCCAAUUUGAGGCUCCCAGAUCUCAAGUAAGAAUUCAUGCAUUUUUUCAAUUUUAUUUUUUUUAGUGAAAUUGCCCUAGGUCUAGGCUGGUUUUCUGUUCUCUGCAAUUACUUAUAUCAAGCUGAAUCAGAUUAUAUUUAAAUAUGAUUACUCUUGAGUAGGGGUUGAGGUUUACCAUUUGAAAUGGCUUUGUCAAGAUCUAAUAAAAGGGAUCUUUCUUUUGUUCAAAGCCUCUGAUAAAGAUAGGAACUCAUAGAUUAGAUUUCCAAGAGGUCCUGCUCAAGCAUGGUUUGAUACAAAUAAUAAUAAGGCCAAUGGGCAGGUCAUCAUGGAAAACAACAAAAAAAUGAAUAAAGAAUAAGCACAUGUUUGCAUGUGUGCUCUUCUACAAAAGAAAUAGACCAGGAAGGGCAAGAAGAAUUUGUGGUUCACCACAAAAAGGAGUGUAGAUCCUGGUGUGAAGUGUAAACAUAGAACAGAGUGCCCUGUGUAAAACUAAUUCAUUAUAGACCAGUCAUAUAUAUUGUUUGAUGGACUAAUAAAAUUAUUUUUGUACCGCUUUAUGU